GGAUGGGAAAAGCUACGUCCCUGGGGUCUCCAUGUUUGUAGACGAUCCCUGGAUAGGCACAGUACAAGCUUGGCCUAUUUCCGCUCAGUGCGUCCUCAUGCCUUCAAGCAUUGUCUUCUGCCUCCCAGCUUAGCGCUCAGGCCCCAAUGUCGCAGAGAGCCAAGUCUCCAACGAACCAACCUCUGUCUACACCGGAGGCCUUUGUCCUGGGAGGGAUAGCGGCCUGUUUUGCGGUGACUGUCUCGAAUCCGGCUGAGGUUGCGAAGACUCGUCUUCAAAUGCAAGGGGAGCUCGCGAAGGAUGGUGGUGUGAGAGUAUACAAGAAUACUUUCGAUGCCUUGGUGAAGACUGGACGAAAUGAAGGUAUCCGUGGCAUACAGAAGGGACUUCCCCCUGCCUAUGGGUAUCAGAUCCUAGUAAACGGCGCCCGUCUGGGUUUCUAUGAGCCGUUCAGGCGAAACCUCAACCGUCUCUUUGAUAUCGAUCAGAACGUGCAAAUGACUCUGACUUCCACUAUCGCGGGUGCAAGCAGUGGGGCCGUUGGAGCUGCGCUUGGCAAUCCACUAUUUCUCGUCAAGGCACGCAUGCAGGCGUAUUCUCCUGCACUGCCAGUUGGAACUCAACGGCACUACAAAAGUUCCUUCGAGGCGCUGUCAACUAUAUUCCAGUCGGAGGGGCUACGAGGUCUUGCACGUGGUUUGGAUGCAGCCGUACUGCGAACGGCGAUGGGUUCCUCGGUCCAAUUACCCUCCUACAACUGGACGAAAAACCAACUCGUGAUGAAUAAUAUUCUACCUGCUAACUCAUUCUGGACAUACCUGGCAAGUAGUUCGGUGUCAGGUGUAUGUGUGUGUGCCAUCAUGCAACCGACAGAUACGGCAUUAACACGCAUGUACAAUCAACCUACUAAGAUAUUACCCAAUGGAAAGCAUGUCGGCAUGUUAUACAGAAACCCUAUAGAUUGCUUGUGGAAGAUUGCAAAGACAGAAGGACCUUUGGGAUGGUACAAAGGCACAACUGCACAUUUUCUACGAAUCACGCCUCAUACGAUCAUUACUCUGACUGCAAAUGAUCUUAUCAUUGACCUCUACAAGAGGGUCAAAGGUCGGAGUCUAUGAGCCAAUUCGAUGGUCGCGUUCUGUCUAGACAAAGGAUGCUUCUGACCUCUCACACAACGUCAUUCAGUGACCUACCUGUUCUUAGAUGAUAUAGACUGAUUACUAAGAUGCUAU